UUGCUCAAUAACCUAUAGAGUAAUAAAAUGCCUAAGAAGAUGAAUUUACAGGCAUAUCUAAACGAAAAUGAAGAAGGAAUAAGCGGAAGAAAUAUGCUAAAUUGUUUUAGUUGUAACUUCGAAACCGAAAACCUCGAUGAAUUGGAUGAACACAUUCUCAUUAACCACGACGGCGAUGUAGAAGACGAAGUUCCCGAACAAAAAUUUCAAAUCGUUCAAGAUGAACCUCCCGCGAGAAUUAGAAAAAGAAAAGUAUCGGAUAUUAUUCCUACUUUACCGAAAGAUAUACCAAGAGCUAGGAUUAUAGUUAAGAAACACGAUCCGAAAUUCCAAAUUGAGACUAAGAUUGGCGAUGAGAAGAAAAAAGUUAAAUAUAAUAUCGGUGGUACGAAGAGAGCUAAAAGAACGCCAGCUGAAGAUAUGCAAUGUACUUUAUGUAGUUUUACGACGAGAAAAAAGAGCGUUUUAGCUACUCAUAUGUUGAAUCAUUCCGAUGUAAUACCACCCGUUUAUUACAAAUGCUCCCAAUGUCCGUAUCAAACUAAAAGAAAAAACGACAUGCCGAAACAUAUGUUAGGACAUUGUACUAACGAUAGUGUUCCUUUAUAUAAAUGUAGAUCGUGUCCUUAUGUAACGAAACGAAAAGGAGAUCUACCGAAACACGAAAUGAACCACGCCGAAAGGAACGAAAUGUUUUCAUGGAAUUGCACGGAAUGCGAAUAUUUUUCUAAAAGAAAAAACGAUCUACACAAACAUAUGUUGAUACACAGCGAUAGACAGCUCGCGGGGCUCUACAAAUGUCUCAAAUGUACUUACGUCACUGAUAAGGUUGUAAAAUUUUCUCGUCAUGUUCUCAGCGGUUGUAGUUCGUGCGAAAACCCCAUAAGUUUAGAACAUUUAAUGUUAGAAGAUAUUUUAGCAAGUGUAGAUCACAGUGGAGUACAUGUUGUAUUAGAUGGGGAAUCGGAAGACGAACAGGAAUAUCAACAAGUACAAUAUGAAGAAGGGGACGAUGAAGAAGCGGUGGUGGAAGAAUACCAAAGUGAAACAGUGGAAGAAAACGCUACCGUUAUAGUCGAAGGCGAAGUGGUAGAUCAACAAUUUAUUGAAAUCGAAGAAUCUAACGAAUAUGUUGUCAACGACGAAAGGACCGAACUGGUACAAGUUAAAUCCGAAUAUGUAGUCGAUUAAUUGAGGUUAGAUUUUUAUUUACUGAAUUUCCUUUCUGAAUUCCAUCUAGAAUCGAUUUUUAUUUAUUCCAAAUUUUUCUUUUUGUUACGAUAAAUCGUUUUUUGAAUGUUUCAAAAAAAUUGCAAGGGAUUACAAUUUUUUUUUAUUAAGGAAAUUUUUGGAAAAUUGAUAAUUUCCAGAGCCGGUUUACCAAAAAUAAAUGUGCGAGUGAAAGAAUAGUUUGAAAUUGUUUUAAUUAAUAUAUAGCAGAGGUAGUUGGAUUUUUUUUUCAAUUUCAGUGCCUAUUGACUGUAUUUUGUACUCUAGCGGUGUCUACCCUUAAUUAAUUGUUUCGUAGAUUCAAUUUAGAAAAUAUUUAUCUAUCGGGUGAUUAAUUUCUUGAUUUUUUCUCAUUCAAACGUUUUUCCACCUUUAGUUUCCUCUAUUUUUCAAUUAUUGUGAAUAAAAGACUUUAUUUGAUAUCGAAUCAAGAAUACAAAGUUUCCACUUAUUCAACUAGCUAGUUUUAGGGUUUUUUUUAACAACGGAAACUGAUGGUAGUUCUCCAGCUAAUCCAUCGGGGUCUCCUACAACUCCAGCAUCCAUCGGAUCAUUCAAUACUAUAACUUCAAGGCAAGAAAUUUUUUUAAAUUCAAAUCUAAAUACCAGUAAACUCUCAGAUAACACUUUAAGUGUCAAUUAGGGUAGUAAUGUCCUUAUAAGACUCCUGUUGGCUUCCGUAUCUAGUUCUUGUCUGUUCGAAGGAUUUUCCUAGUGAAAAAAGUUUCUUUUUAGGGUCUUGAUCCUUAUUAGUAGCCCUAAGGCUUCUUUCUACUGAAACAAAUUUCAUUUUUAAUCAUACAACCUCCAAUUUACAUUCGAAGGAAUAAAAAGCUUCUUCCGGAAACAAUUUUGAGUUUUAUCUGUUUGUUUUAAUUAAUUUAACCCCCAAAAACUCCCUGUAUAUGUAAAAAUGAAUAAUAAAACAUUGUUAUACAGGGUAUUUAUUGUAAAUCUGAACAUUACACUCUCAAAUAAGUUUUUAAGUGUCAAUUAGGGUAGUAAUGUCCUUAUAUGACUCCUGUUGGCUUCCGUAUCUAGUUCUUGUCUGUUCGAAGGAUCCUACAAGUGGAAAAAGUUUCUUUUUAGGGUCUUGAUCCUUAUAAGUAGCCCUAAGGCUUGUUUCUACUCAAACAAAUUUAAUUUUCAAUGAUAUAACCUCCAAUUUGUAUUCGAAGGAAUAAAAAGCUUCCUCUAGAAACAAUUUUGAGUAUUUUCUGUUUGUUUCAACUAAUUUAACCCCCAAAAACUCCCUGUAUAUGUAAAAAUGAAUAAUAAAACAUUGUUAUACAGGGUAUUUAUUGUAAAUCUGUACAUUACAUUCUCGAAUAAGUUUUUAAGUGUCAAUUAGGGUAGUAAUGUCCUUAUAAGACUCCUGUUGGCUUCCGUAUCUAGUUCUUGUCUGUUCGAAGGAUUCUCCUAGUGAAAAAAGUUUCUUUUUAGGGUCUUGAUCCUUAUUAGUAGCCCUAAGGCUUCUUUCUACUGAAACAAAUUUCAUUUUUAAUCAUACAACCUCCAAUUUACAUUCGAAGGAAUAAAAAGCUUCUUCCGGAAACAAUUUUGAGUUUUAUCUGUUUGUUUUAAUUAAUUUAACCCCCAAAAACUCCCUGUAUAUGUAAAAAUGAAUAAUAAAACAUUGUUAUACAGGGUAUUUAUUGUAAAUCUGAACAUUACACUCUCAAAUAAGUUUUUAAGUGUCAAUUAGGGUAGUAAUGUCCUUAUAUGACUCCUGUUGGCUUCCGUAUCUAGUUCUUGUCUGUUCGAAGGAUCCUACAAGUGGAAAAAGUUUCUUUUUAGGGUCUUGAUCCUUAUAAGUAGCCCUAAGGCUUGUUUCUACUCAAACAAAUUUAAUUUUCAAUGAUAUAACCUCCAAUUUGUAUUCGAAGGAAUAAAAAGCUUCCUCUAGAAACAAUUUUGAGUAUUUUCUGUUUGUUUCAACUAAUUUAACCCCCAAAAACUCCCUGUAUAUGUAAAAAUGAAUAAUAAAACAUUGUUAUACAGGGUAUUUAUUGUAAAUCUGUACAUUACAUUCUCGAAUAAGUUUUUAAGUGUCAAUUAGGGUAGUAAUGUCCUUAUAAGACUCCUGUUGGCUUCCGUAUCUAGUUCUUGUCUGUUCGAAGGAUUCUCCUAGUGAAAAAAGUUUCUUUUUAGGGUCUUGAUCCUUAUUAGUAGCCCUAAGGCUUCUUUCUACUGAAACAAAUUUCAUUUUUAAUCAUACAACCUCCAAUUUACAUUCGAAGGAAUAAAAAGCUUCUUCCGGAAACAAUUUUGAGUUUUAUCUGUUUGUUUCAACUAAUUUAACCCCCAAAAACUCCCUGUAUAUGUAAAAAUGAAUAAUAAAACAUUGUUAUACAGGGUAUUUAUUGUAAAUCUGUACAUUACAUUCUCGAAUAAGUUUUUAAGUGUCAAUUAGGGUAGUAAUGUCCUUAUAAGACUCCUGUUGGCUUCCGUAUCUAGUUCUUGUCUGUUCGAAGGAUUCUCCCAGUGAAAAAAGUUUCUUUUUAGAGUCUUGAUCCUUAUAAGUAUCUCUAACUCUACUCAAACCAAUGUAAUUUUUAAUGAUAUAACCUCCAAUUUGUAUUCAAAUAAAUAAAAAGCUUCUUCCGGAAACAAUUUUGAGUUUGUUAAACGUAUUAGAAUCAGUACAGUUGAUGAAUUAACUGUAGAAUCCCCUCCUGGAAUAAGAUUUAUAUCGAUAAUAGUAGUAAAUCUUCCUAGUUGACAGAAAUGGGAUCGAAAUGAGAUCCGCUCGCCUUCGAAUAGUCAAAUCUACAACACGGACGGAUCCCAAGAAGUAAAAUUAUCCGAAGCAGUAGUAAAAACUGUCUAACAACAAUUUUAAUACCAUCAAAUACUUUUUUUUGGUGUUGUAGCUUCACAUUUGAUCUGAUAGUUAUUUUCAAUAGUCCAACUACUUCUGUUAUUAAAUUUGUUUUUUUUUAUUAGUUAAAAACCAAGUUACCACUAAAUUAACUUUCCAUUAAAUUGUAUCCAUUAAAACGUUGAAUUUCAUUGUUGAAUUAGUGCCAUUCCUUAAUCGAAACAAAAAUUAAAUUGGAUAAUCAUUAACGGAAACUUUUGUUAACAUUUCGUAUUACCCCUGUAAAAUUCGUACGUCUACGAUGCUCCUAAAAGUUGAGGAAAUAAACGUGUGCGUUCAGUGUUGAUUUGAUUCGCGUUUAUUGAAAAUUUGAAUUAUUUUUCAUCGUAACCUAACCUAGAAAACAAAAAUUUUUUUUUUUAUUAUCUCUCCUUGUAUAUGUGGUAUAUUCAUAGUUUCAGUACUUUCAGUACCUUCGGCGUUCGUUAUCUCAUCCUGUAUGUCAUUUUGUUUGGUACUAAACCGUUAAUUGGAAUAUUUAGUAUCUUGUUUAUCGGAACACUGAAACAUAACCUCAAUUAUUUCGACGUGAUUUUUCUAGGGUUAAAUUCAUUUGAACACGAAAAAGUGGAGUUUAUCAAGUUUUCUUCUUGUUCCUUCACGUUUUAUUUCUCGCUUUUAGGUUAUGUACGAUUAUUUUUUUGUAAAAACAAAAAACGCGCGAAUUGGGGUAUUUACCAAAAAAACUGAAAUUUUGUUUUUUUUUUUAAAUCUAAAAAGUGUUUAAUUGAUAUUUGUUUCGAUAUUCAAUACAAAUGUAAUGGACAUAACCUAAAAAAUGAUCUAUAAAUAAGUAGUAAUUCGAAAUUACAAACUUUACAUACGUUUCGAACAUCACUGUAUAUUAUGUAAAUUUAGAAAAAUGUGUGUCGAGUGAAUAUGUGUAGUUAUAAGUUAACGUUGAAUAUUUGUAAGUAGUUGGCCCUGUAUAUUUUAAUAAUAAAGAUACUAAGAUAUU